AUGAAAACUGGUGACGGAGAUGAAAACUUCGACCUCUACCCAUCUGAUCUCCUCGACGAUGCCUGCGUCUCCAACGGCGUCGCUUCUCACUUCUCCACGCUCGCAGAAGACCAGCCAUCUCCUGCUCUGUCUGAGGAGGACAUCUCACCGUCCUUCCAGUUCCAUCAGCACAGUCUGAGUUGGACCCAGGACGACUUGAGCGUUCCGGAGGACUUCGAGCUGAGACAAUCUUCGGCCACCGAUGAAGGUUUGGGUGUCUGGACUCACAGGAAGGUGGAGGUCGAUGAAAGGUUUGGACCGUACGAUGGAGAGCGGACGGCUUGUCUUCUAGAUCGCAGACACGGCUGGGAGAUGUCCCGGCUGCCUGUGGCCUGUCCCUGUACUCUAUGGCCCGUCACCUCUCCGUGUCACCCGCAGAAAGAAGCGUUGGAGAGUCUGUCCAAAGCCCCUAUAAUCCUCCGGGUCUGCCUCAUCUCCCCAUCUCCUCCUCUGUCACUGCCCACGGCUCCAGCCCCGUCUGUCACUCAAUGGACUCACAUCUUCACGUUUUCUCACAGAUACACUUUAUUUGAAAUUCAAAGCGGUUGA